AUGAUGCUUGGCCUUGCCAUCACUGUCCUUGCUGUCGUAGUGAUUUUGAUAUCGUGGAUUUACAAAAGAUUAAGAUUUUUUUCUCAAAAACGGUUUUUCAAAGCGCGACGGCGUGCGAUUCUCGCGCGAAGCGCGCGAGCUGUUUUACACUCCGUUUUCACCCUCGGUUGAUUGCUAAUGCACUCUCAAGCGAACCUUUUGAGUAUGAAUCAUGUUUACCAAUAUCUUAUAUGCCCUUCCAUUAACUUUAUGAUGAUCACUAAGUCAUUCUCUAAACCUCAGGCGUUCAGUUUGCUUAUCCUCCAGUAAUCCUUUGUGUAAAAUGCACGUUAAAAAAAGGAAAAAAAAAAACGAACCCAGGACUUAAAAAAAGAAGGCUGGAAAGUAUUGGGUAGAGCAUGUAGUUUUGUCUCUUCCUGCGAAAUUUCAAGACAUAGCCUUCACGCAACAAUAACGUGUAAACGGUCACUGAAGCUUUCUUCGCCGUAAAUUGUAUAGCCUGCAAGAUUGCUCAGGCUAUAAACUGAGUGAACAACUUAAGCAGGAGUGCUCAACGACCAAUUUUUCAAAUAAGGUUUAUUUCGUUUCCGAACAACAAACUGGCAUCUUUGAAGCGGUUUUUGGUUGAUAAUUAACUUUCGUGGGAAAAAAAUAGCCGCUCCUCAGAGCCAGCAAGACAAAGUCCAAAGGAUCCCUUUUGCCAGCAAGCAAACAUUAAGGACCAUAAUCCCAGCCAGGAAUAUUUUAUUUGUCAUUGCUUUCUACCAGCAAUGUAGGAUGAAUAUACUUUGCCAGCCAGCAAGUAGAGAAAGAAGAAAAGUGAUUUUAACUAAAUUUAACAAGAUUUAAUCAGCUAAUUCAACUUUUCUUCCUUUUAAUAUCACUGUAAAGCUAUUAAGGGCCAGUCAUCUGAACAAAGUCUAACUUAGACCGUCAAAAUGAAAUAUAAUUUAUCUCCUACUCCGCAAAUAUUUUUUAUAAAUUCACCAUCAAUUACACAACGGUCUCCUUUCUGUACGUCCCAUCCUACCUUAAGGUUUGGAAUGUAGAGACAAAGGACGGAAAUUCCUUGAAAUCAGUCUGUGGCUAUUUCAUAGACAGGUUUUCUUGGACAGGAGCGAAGGGAGCGAACAGGUUUCGUCAACUUCCUGUUUCGGUCUGUUUCGUUUUCAUUACUUCGGACUGUCAUCCGGUUUCAUUUUGGCAAAAGAGAAAACAAAACAAAAAAAUAAUGAUCGCUGAUUUUAACAUCUCGCGUGAUCGCUUAUGUUAUAGAAUUACUUCUGGCAAAAUGAUUCUGGGGAAAUUAUAGCAGGAACUGGCUUCAGAGUCUUUUCACCGACACUCAUAGCAUUCAAGGAUGAAAGCUUGAAGAAAUUCGGAAUGUACCUGCUUCGAUUUUUACCCGGGCCUCCAAAACUGUAAGUAUUGUAACUAAUAUUUUCAAUUUAGAUAUUUUUGUUUUGAUUUUUAACAUUUUACCAAACUGCCAAAAACUUUAUUUUUCUUACAUUUAAAUAUUUUCGUUUUCGGGAUUGUCACGUAGCGUGACGGAAUUCUUUGUCUUUUCAGCACGAUAUAGCUUUUAGGGCUUUAGGGGCAAAUUUUGACUGGCCUUCACCAAUUUAUAUGCCAUCUAAAUAGUCUCCCAUGCAGACAUUUUUCUUUUUGGCGAGCGUGUUGGCUAAAAUGUAAGUGUACUUGCCAGUUACCUGUAAUGGCAACAUCGUUGCGUGAUAUUGUAAGCGUAACUUGGGGUUUCAGUUGUUUAAUUGCCAUAACUGUUCUGUUUGUUUGUUUUCGCUUUUGAAUGAAAGUAUCAACUUCGUUAGAUCCAAAUAUUUGUUAAUUUUUUUUUUCUCUUGCCUACAGAAUCAUUACAGAUCCACAAAUUGCUGUGAAAUUCAUGGCAAAACAGCAUAAGUAUGAGCGUUUAAAGGACUUUAGAUUGGGAAGUGUGUUUCGCCAGCUGUUUGGUCACGCAGCCGGGACGGCAAGUGGUGAGGCUCAUAAGCGGAUACGGAGUGCAUUUGACCCGUGUUACAGCACAGAGAGUGUGGCACAGGCAGUGGAUAUGAUGGAACAGGAAUGCAAACAGUAUUUAAAUCAGAUGGUUCAAGAUAAACAGGUAUUAAUUUAAUGUUUUCUGGUGCCUCAUAACUGCUAGUAAUGCUUCCUAGUAAUGUGCUAUAUGAUGAGUGUGCCAACCUCGUCCCCAGGGCUUUUCCCUUAAAAAUGGGUGUGCCACUGGACGGGAUCGCAUUUUCACCACUGGAUUGACUAUGAUUUGCUUGAAUUAAGACUUUUUUUGAAGGGGGUCGCAGAUUUUUUGGAAUUUUGCGGUUAAGGAAUUUGAACAGGAAGAUUUGCGGUUAUAUAGUUGUUACCGCGUCAAAAGAAAGUAACUAAGUUUGUAUUGCGAAAAUUGCAUGUGCCUUAAUAGAAUUAAGAAGAGGUUCCCACAGGCCAGCGACACAUAUCCAUCAAGGAUUGACCCAAGUACCCCCACCCCGAGCAUCAACCAUUUUUUUUGUACCUUUUCCAGAGACAUAAAGAGAUAUAUUGAGGUCGUGAUCGCAGGCUAAGUGCGCUUCAGCUUUUAUGUAGUAACCUUGAUGUAAAUAGAUCUGUCUCGUAAUGGCCCUGAUAAAGCUAUUCAUGCAACCCAAACAUCCCAUCCUAAUUUUUCCUUGUUUCAACAAUUCUGACGGUUCCUAGUCCCGACCGCGCAUUUCAAAAGGUGCCUACGGCCUGAUGACCUUGAUUCUCUCCUGGAGAUCUGUGGCAGAUAGCUGGGUAUUUAAAGGAAAGUGCAGCGAUUAUCAACGCCUGAUAGGGUGGAUAAAAAUAAUAGCUUUCCGACAUUGAAGGAAAGCAACUCACUUUCCUCACCAGAUUUCCAACACUGAAAAACCAACAUUCUGUGAAAACCAACACUUAGAAGGUACCCAAUUUCCUGUGUUUGUUUUCCGAAUCUCAUGCUUUUUGGCUCUAAAAUCCCGAAUCCUGACCUUCAAAGGUUACAAUUAAAACCAUUUGGGGGGUGGGGGCAUGGGGCGGGCACGGUAAAAGCAGUAAACGGAGCUUCCGGCUUGUAUUAUUGUUAUGUGAAGCGCUAUAGAGUAUUUGUACUCAUUUCUGAAUGGGAUACAUUGUGGUAAUACCCUUAACAUGAGGUAGAUAAAGGUCACCUAACCUUAACGGGCAUGCGCAAGAGGCAGAGAUCGGAGAGAUGACCACAUGUCCAUCUUUCCCGCCUCUUUGCUUUCGCCAUUUGCAGCUCAAAACGUAACAGUGAGCAAGAACUCUUUAAUGUAAACGUGUUGCUUUACGUCGGCAGUAUAGGGCAGCCUUUCUAGUCUCAGGGAACAACGUACUGCCUCAGACCCUAUGUCCCAGUUCAGUAAUUCAAUGGGAUAACCAGCAGACCAACACACGUUCCACAGCACCUGUGUAUUGUAAUUUGAAUAAGUCACCACAUGCUUAGUCUCCUACGCAGCCGUUCCUUUUUGCCACCACGUAAAGCUCCUCCCCUAAAAAGAAAAGACUACCACCCCGGUGGGGGCAGGGACACUCUACAAAGUUUAAUAGUUUUAUGGGGGGAGGGGGCGGGGGGCAGCGUCCCGAGGCUCAACCUCUUCACCUUUGUUUUUUGCAAGACUGCCACAAAUUCAGCUUGUGGAAUCUGCCUUGUUUUGUCAUUGCAGGGUCUCAUAAGAAUGGAUGAUCUGAGUCAACUGACAUUUAAAAUACUAAUGAAGUUCACAUACGGAAGAGACAUGACUACAAACGAGCUUCAGGAGUUACUCGAUCUCAGAGCUUUGGUGGAAUCACUUAUCGGAGAUACUUUCUCAAACCCUUUUGUCAAGUUUCCGCUUUAUAAAUACAUGCCUACAAGCACUAACAGCAAACUGGCACAAUUUGAAAAGCGGUGGCUACAAUUCAAUAAGCGGUAAGAAGGGUUCAUUUUACAUUAGUUAACGCAAACAAGAUAGUUAUGUCGGAAGCAAAGGAAGAGUGAGAAGUCUACUUCUCCGUUUCCAUUUUGAUUUUUUAGGUAGUUUUUGUACUCUUUUUAUGGCACGGCCUUGAUCAAUUCAACCAAUAGGCAAGUGUUUUCGUUGUGAAAAUUUUAAUUUCUCUUUUCUACUUUUGUUUGUUCACUUAGCUUUGAGGAGCGUUUUGCCGAAGGAAAACUUCGAGACACAAGCUGUGUAUUUUGCAAACUCUUGCAAAAAAUCCGGGGGCACUGUCAGAAGAUGAGGUAAUGUUGGGGGUUUAGACGAAAAGUUUUGGGUUGGCUGGUUGACCAUACCUAUAUGUAUAAUUAGUAAAACAUUAAAGUGCAAGCCCAAUCAAAAUGCGAGCGGAAUCCAGGAUAACUUUGUAUAAUGUGUUGUCUUUUUCCAGCUGUUCCUAUUCGUUAGUAGUUCUCAAGAACUUUUUAAAAUACAAAAUACGUGUAAAUGAUGGUUUGGUAUUUCUUUAAAUCCGCCAUACAUAUUUGAACCAAAGAAGACCCUAUGAGUGUAUAUAACGGUUGAUCCGUUUUGUGAAAAAUUGCUAUACUUCUCUGCCUACACUAUGAGCGCGUGUUUUUGGCCUUCCAUAACCAGGAUAGCCAUGGGCCAACUUCUCACGAUUUGUUUUUCCUUUGAGGGAGUCGCUUGAUAUUUAAAUUUCUAAAGGUCACUGAGAAUACUGAAUUUUUAUUUCAGUUUAGUUUGUUUUACCAAGAAAUGUGAAACUCAACCUGACAACGCACUUUUAAUAGAGGACCUUUUUGAAUUAGUUUGGCCUUUUAGGAUUUAACUGGGUAGCUAAUAGACAUGUUUCUUUUGAACUUUCUGAGUUGUAGACGUUUCACAUCCAGCGAUUCAAACACAAUUCCUUUAGGGCGUUAGUUACAUGUAAAAAGUAGCACUUCUUGCCGUGAUUCAAAUUUUACUAAAAGACUGUUUUUUGUGUCUAGUUUCAAGAAACCCUGGAGGAAGCUUCCCUUGCUAAUGUAG